AUGAACCCGGGGACUGAUUCCUGGCAUGCGUCGGCCGGUGGGCCACCAACGCAUCCUGGCAUGGACCAGAUGAAUCAACAGCCCCGACCAAUGGGCUCCUUCAGUCAAACUCCGGGCCAACAAGGGCCAGCAUCGCAAUCCGCCGGUCCCGUUCUCCCUCCUCCAGGUGGCCCAUAUCACCCCGGCGGUCAAUCGGGCCACUCUCUCCCCGGUCUUGCAGAGCUUAGCCAGAGUCAUGGAGCGCCUCACCAACACUCACCAUAUGGACAGCAUCCCGCAGGUCCAUCCCAUGGUGCCGGUCACUCUCUGCCAGGCAUUGGCCAGGCCAUGCCUCAGGCGUCUCCGCAGUCCAUGAACCGAGAGCGUGAGCGGGACUCCCGUGAGCGUGAAAUCCUAGAGCGACAGCGACAAGAAGAAAUGGCGCACCGCGAGCGCGAGCAGAUGGAGCGCCAGCAAAUGGAACGCCAACGUGAACAUCACACUGUUCAGAGUCACACUGGAUCCAUUCCUCUGCAUCAGCCGGUCGCCUCCAAAGUCCCAAAUUCCAUCCACGGCCCGAAUGGCCUUUUGUCUAACCUUGCUACAAAUGCGCAGAAUGGACCGCAACCCAACGUUCAAGGUGGAGGUGGACCGGGUGUCUUAUUUGGUGGUCCUCAAAUGCAACAUGGAGAAGGAGCGCCAAGAGCUUACAUGCAUCCAGGCGGACCUCAAAUGAUGGGAUAUAACGGACAAGGACAACAGAUCCCUGGGAAUGUUGCGGCUUUGGCUCAGGGCCAACAGCCUAUUCUCAAUGAUGCACUAAGCUACCUGGAUCAAGUAAAAGUGCGCUUUGUCGAUCAGCCUGAUGUGUACAAUCGCUUCUUGGACAUAAUGAAGGAUUUCAAGAGCCAAGCUAUCGACACGCCGGGUGUGAUUCAGAGAGUGUCAACGUUGUUCAAUGGCCACCCAGCCCUGAUUCAAGGCUUCAAUACUUUUCUGCCUCCCGGUUACCGCAUUGAAUGUGGAACCGAGGAUAAUCCAGAUGCCAUUCGUGUGACCACCCCGUCCGGAACGAACACUUUGAGCAUGCCUCGAGCAAAUCGUGCACUGGAAAGUUCAGGUGACCUUGGCCCUGCCGGAAGCAUGAACAACCAUCCUCCCCGUGCAGACUACUAUGAGCAGACUCGGUCCGGCUGGCAGCCGACCCAACAGCAACUCCCACCACAACCGCCACAGGCGCAUCAGCCUGGCGCCCCUGGCUCAUAUUCUCCUGGUUCGCGCUUGGUCGGACCGUCCGGCUUGUAUCCGCAGGAAGGGCAGGCCCCUCCACAGGAUCAUCAUUUCGGCUACCAGGGUCAAGAACCUCAAGGCCCAUCAGCGCUGUCCCAUCCCCAAGAUCAUCGUGGCGUUGCCCAACUGCAGGGUGCUGCAGCGUCUGCAGCAUCUGGACUCGGGAGACCGUCGUUGAUGACAGGAUCUGGCCCUGGGGCAAACCAGGGCAUCAGCAGUCUGGCUGGUGUGGGAGGCAUGCUCCAGGGUGGUCACCCUGAUCUUAACAAGCGGGGCCCCGUAGAAUUCAACCAUGCUAUUAGUUACGUCAACAAGAUAAAGAAUCGCUUCUCCUCGGCGCCUGAGAUUUACAAGCAGUUCCUGGAGAUUCUACAGACCUAUCAACGCGAGUCAAAGCCUAUCCAGGACGUGUAUGCUCAGGUCACCCAACUCUUCAACACUGCCCCCGAUUUGCUGGAAGAUUUCAAGCAGUUCUUGCCUGAAUCCGCAGCGCAUGCUAAGCAACAAGCGCAAGCUCGUAUGGCUGAAGAGGCAAUUCCUACUUCAAACUUACGGGGGGAACCCGUGGGCCACCCCUCCUCUACGCCCAACAGAGACGUGAAAAUGCCGCCUCUUGGCCAGUUUAAUGUCAAAGACUCUGGCAAAGAGACCAAAAAGAGACGUGGAGGGCCGGGUGUCGGGCUAUCAUCUGUCUCUGGCCCAUCUGGUGCUGACGCGACUCGUAUACCAGAGGCUCGUGGCGGACCUCCAACGGGGUCUUUCACCAGUGGCAAUAAGCGGCCAAAGCAUUACCACGGAAAGCCUUCAGGCUCCGACAUUCCUAAUGUCUCCCCAACUCUGAUCCCAGCUCUUCCUGAACCGGUCCCCCCAAGUGUCAUGACCACACCCAGCCAAGAGGAGAUUGCCUUCUUCGACCGCGUCAAAAAAUUCAUCGCCAACAAGCAGGUGUUCAGUGAUUUCUUGAAGCUUUGCAAUCUGUACACCAACGACUUGAUCGAUCGCUUUGUGUUGGUCAAGCGCGCAGAAGGAUUCAUUGGCUCAAAUGCGGAAUUGAUGAGCUGGUUUAAACGCUUCAUGAAUGUCGAUGAGCCUGAGGAUAAGACCAUCGACCCCAAACCCCAAUCGGAGGCUGGUGUUGUCAACCUUGCGCAUUGCCGUUCCCUUGGACCGAGCUAUCGUCUACUUCCAAAGCGCGAACGCCAAAAGCCUUGCAGCGGUCGUGAUCAGCUUUGCCACGAGGUCCUGAACGACGAGUGGGCCUCUCACCCCACGUGGGCUUCGGAGGAUUCAGGUUUCGUUGCCCACAGGAAGAACCAGUUCGAGGAUGCUCUGCACCGUAUUGAAGAAGAUCGCCACGAAUACGACCACCAUAUCGAGGCAUGCACCCGGACUAUUCAGCUAAUUGAGCCAAUCGUCCAGCAAUUCUUGCACAUGUCUGAGGUAGAGCGGGAGAACUUCAAACUCCCAUCAGGCCUUGGUGGGCAAAGCGAGGCAAUCUACCAGCGGGUGAUCAAGAAAAUCUAUGAUCGUAAACCCGGUGAAAGGAUUAUCGUCGCAAUGUUCGAACGCCCGUGCCACGUGCUUCCGAUUGUUCUUUAUCGGCUGAAGCAGAAACUCGAAGAGUGGAAAGCCUGCCAGCGCGAAUGGGACAAGGUUUGGCGUGAACAGAUGCAACGAGCCUACUGGCGUAGCUUGGAUCACCAAGCUAUCGCGACUCGACAGACAGACAAGAAACAGUUCAUUGCCAAGAACAUCGCGGCUGAUCUUCAGGCGAAGCUUGAGGAGACCCAAAGCAAGCGAAAAGGUGGCCUGAACCCCCCAAAACACCAAUUGGAUAUGAAAUUCUCGGACCUGGAUGUCUUACUGGACACCACGCAUCUUCUUUGUUUGUACAUUGAUCGCAGCACGACUGGAUUCGGUGCAGACCCCUCUCGCCUCCUCAACUUUGUCAAGGAUUUCAUCCCUGUCUUCUUUGGACUCGAUCGGGAAGCGUUCCACGAGUACAUGGAGGAGCUGAUGCUUAAUGCCACACCCGCCGAAGAGUUAGAAGAUCACUUUGAGGGUGAUGAUACUUCUACCGCCAGUCGCAAAGCGGUGAACACGCAAAAGCUGGAUCUCUUGCGCGAGACAUUGGAGCGCAAGGCGGCCCAGACCAAUGGAACAGCUCAUGAUGAUGAGACCGUGCCGCAGCCAACCGCGGCGUCUGCGCCUGUCUCCGCACAACUUGCUACACCAGAUGUUCGCGCCACCUCUGCUGCUGUGUCCGAUCCCGAUGGUAGCUUUGACGUGGCUGAGUUGAAGUGGAUGGAGCACCCUGGGCAUGGCAACUUCAAUUUGGAGCGUGAAUACACGCUGAAUGAGAAGUACAAGAAGACAGAACACCGGAUGUAUUGCAACCUGAAUCUUCUUUGUCUUCUCCGCACCUUUGAGAUUCUCUACUCGCGUCUGCUCCGUAUCAAGGAGCAGGAAACAGAGGCGCGCGAACAGGUGCGCCGGGGUCUUAUGCCCAAGCCCGCCCACGAGCUGUGCUUGAUUGAUCGAUUCCCUGGAGACUUCUUCUACGAUGUUAAUCCCAAAGCCAAUCUCUACAAGCAGAUUGUGCGCAUGUGCGAAGAGGUCAUCCGCGGGGAUAUCGACCAGAUCCAUCUUGAAGAGACCCUUCGCCGUUUCUACAUGCAGAGUGGAUACUUACUGUACAACUUGGAGCGCAUCUUCUCUUCUAUCAGCAAGUAUGUCGCCUCUGUGUUCACUGGAGAUGCCAAAGAUCGCACCUCCGACAUUGCCAACUUGUUCUUCAAGGAACGCGAGAAGCAGGAGACCACCCACCACCAGGAGAUGCAGUAUCGUAAGCAAGUGGAACGGAUGAUCAAGGAAGGGAACAUGUAUCGUGUCAUUUAUUUCCCGUCUGAUCGCCACGCCACCGUCCAGGUCAUGACCAACGAAGACAACACCCUUGACAGCAGUGAGCUCAGCUCUGAAGAUCGUUGGUCCUACUAUGUGACCGCUUACUCCAUGCGUGAUCCCACUGAAGGAGUCUCAUAUUCCAAGAUGCGCGUGCCUUUCUUGAAGCGUAACCUCCCCAACAAGCUGGAUGAGGAUGAGGAGUAUGAUCAAUUUUAUCGCCGCCUUCAGCACCAUGACGGUUUGGUUAUCCGCAUCUGCGCCAAUAAUUACACCAUUCUCUAUCAACCACCUAGUCACGACUGGUUUUGGCGUUCCCGGGCUCCCAUUCCAGACCCCGACGCCGACGCGGAGGCCGUCCAGGCUCAAGAAGAGGAGGACAACAAAGCAAAGGCUGCUGUGCGUGAAAAGCGUCGCGAUCGCUUUGCCGAGAAAUUCGUCAACAACCCCAAGUGGGCACGCGGAUUGAGCAAGGAUGAGGUCGACGAGGUGAAUCAACGCUUCCGUUCCUGGGUCGAUGGCAAACUCGAGAAGGAAGACAACACUGCACCUGCUAAGUCUGCCGAGCCUGCCGCUACCACCACUGGCGAUGAAAAGGAAGAGCAGCCGGCUGAGCCUGCCGAUACCGAGAUGACGGAUGCUCAUCCUGCCGCCAGUUCCGAAACCUAG